AUUCGUCUUCUCCGCGUAAAUCUGUUUUCGGGAUCAUUAUAAACGAGUAUUCAAAAAUAAAUAAACAAAUAAAUAAAUAACAACACGUAAGCAGGUGUGAUGUUAUUUCCCCCGCAGACGCCACUGAUAUGGCAAAGGGAAAUAAAUGACCGCAAGCCGCGGUGACAAACCAUUGGAUAUCCGACGGUUUUCCAAAUAAGCGCUAGGAGCCUCCUAGGUGAUGCGCGUGCCCGAUGCGAAAGACUUAAAUCUGACAGUGCCAUCUCUGGAUACAUAGUUUUGUGAUAUCGCCCGGAAGCUCUGUCUUUGUAAAGGGAGUAACUUGUGGUGAUGUGCUAGUGACGGACAGAAGUGUGCAUAGUUGGCCAACUUGGCCAGCGGGUGUAAAAAAAAUAAAAUAAAAAAUAAAAUAAAAAAGAAUCAGUGCACCCACUGACACAUGAUACUGCAAAUAUCAAAAGUAUCUUAAAGAAUAUGAAACCGUGAGGCGAAAUUUAUGAUCUGUUUGGAUUUGUCCCUUGUUUUCAGUGGAUGUGUGCAGUACAUUCUGCGUCAGCGACCGGAUGAACACUUAGCCUACAAGGAUUUGAAUGACUGACGAAAGGAAAGGACAAAAACUACACCUGAAGCGCAAAGACCAGGCUGCUACACUGGAGCUCCAAUACAUUCAACAUUCAGAGGGAAGGCGAAAAACAAACUGAAGCAGUUGUAAUAUUGCCAGAUGUACAGGCUAUUCAUUUUAAAUACAUCCCAACGAAGUGUGUUUCGGUGAGCUGCGUGCUGAUGGUAUUUUCUCAAAAUGACUUUGGUAAAGCUCCUGGGGGAUCAAUUAUAACCGGAGUUACGCAUCCUAAAUGAAAUAGUCAGUAUGUUUUCAGCCUAACACCUCUUGGAGCAACAGCUACUGGGAAGUAUAUGUGCAAUUUAAACGAUAUGGGAAGAAACGCUCGGAAAAUGUCUUGCGUCCUCCUCCUUAAGAUGUGUACCCUCUGGACGACAUGCAUCUCCAGGGCAGCGGCGGACCUGACCUGUGACACUUUGCUCUUGGUCUCAGGAAACAUCUCCAUAAAUUCACUGGCAUCAUGGAAUCAGACAUCCAGCAAUACCACAGGUCUGUACUGCAACAUGUCGAUAGAUGGGAUCGGCACCUGCUGGCCCAGGAGCAGCGCCGGAGAGAUGGUAUCGCGGCCAUGUCCGGAGGAAUUCUACGGAGUCAGAUACAACACUACAAAUAGUGUAUACAGAGAAUGUCUCUCAAACGGAACUUGGGCCAUGAAAGGAAACUACUCCCAAUGCCAGGCCAUACUGAACGAAGAGAAGAAGAGCAAGCUGCACUACCACAUCGCGGUGAUUAUAAACUACCUGGGCCACUGCAUCUCCCUGGCUGCGCUGCUCCUCGCCUUCAUCCUCUUCAUGCGCUUGAGGAGCAUCAGAUGUCUACGGAACAUCAUUCACUGGAACCUGAUCACUGCUUUUAUCCUGCGAAACGCCAUCUGGUUUGUUGUCCAGCUGACCAUGAACCCGGAAGUGCACGAGAGCAACGUUAUCUGGUGUCGGCUGGUCACUGCAGCGUACAAUUAUUUCCACGUGACUAACUUCUUCUGGAUGUUCGGAGAGGGCUGCUACCUGCACACCGCCAUUGUGCUGACGUACUCCACGGACAAACUGCGCAAGUGGAUGUUCAUCUGCAUCGGGUGGUGCAUCCCUUUUCCAAUCAUUGUUGCCUGGGCUAUUGGAAAGCUGUAUUAUGACAAUGAAAAAUGCUGGUUUGGCAAGAGAGCAGGAGUAUAUACAGACUACAUCUAUCAAGGUCCCAUGAUUCUGGUAUUACUGAUAAAUUUUAUUUUCCUCUUCAACAUCGUCAGAAUUCUUAUGACGAAGCUCAGAGCCUCUACCACUUCUGAGACCAUACAAUACAGGAAAGCUGUGAAGGCCACCCUGGUCCUACUUCCCCUUCUUGGAAUCACGUAUAUGUUGUUCUUUGUCAACCCCGGAGAGGAUGAAGUCUCACAGAUUGUAUUCAUAUAUUUUAAUUCAUUUUUGGAGUCAUUUCAGGGCUUCUUUGUGUCAGUGUUUUAUUGCUUCCUGAACAGUGAGGUUCGGUCUGCGGUCAGGAAGCGCUGGCACCGCUGGCAGGACAAGCAUUCCAUCCGGGCCAGGGUGGCCCGUGCCAUGUCGAUACCCACCUCACCCACCCGGGUCAGCUUCCACAGCAUCAAACAAUCCACGGCGGUGUGAGAACAGAACGCCCAACUCCCCCACCCCGACAGUCAGUUGGAGUCGCCGAAACAGGAGCAGAGAAACUCGCCGUCCUAUUCUGUACAGAAUAAAGACCUCACAGGCCUCUGUGUUCUGUGUAUUUACAGAACCAUAUGUGUGGUGGGACCAGAGCCACCGGGUAAGCCAGUUAAGAUGUCAGGAAAGCAGACCAGUCCCAAAAAGGCUUGAACAUUGAUGGGCAUGCAAAAGGACAUUUCUGCCUGCUGAUUCAUGGCCUUUGAAGAGGAUUUCUCUUGCUUUUUGAUUUUUACUGCAUUCCUUUAAGGAGAAUUAGAGUUCGUCCUGGGCAGUCCCUCGAAUGACCUGAUUGUAAUGAAACAUUGACUUGGGACAACAACUUUCUUCAAAGGACAGUGUUGUAUAUAUAAUAGGAUACAAAGGAACUAUUUGAGAAGUCAACUUGGUAGGUCUUGACUUGAAUAGAAUACCUCCUGUUAAUUUAGGAAAACCAAUGUGUAGUUUUUUUUUUUGUUUUUUUUGUUUUUUUUAGUUUGUUUUGUUUUUACUUGGAGCACUUUCAAAACAUACCAUAGUAAAUCAGAAUUAUAUAAGUCUGGUCAACAGGACCACAUCAGUUCACAAAAUCUGUAAAUUGCACUGAUCGGCUGAAGGAGCAGACCACGUGUGUGUGCCUAUCAAUGAGGUGAAAUAUUUAAUGUGGAUUUUCCCCACAGCGUACUGGUUGUGUGUAAACCAUAUUGUUCUAUUAUAGCAUAUUAUUGAAUUUGUAAAUAUUGUAGGGUUUUAUUUUCUAUAGCAGUAUAAUCCCACAUAGCUGAUCCUGUUGGGACCUGAGGUAUGUUUGAAAAGUGAAAAGUUGAAUAACUGAAUUCAAAUAAACAUGCAGAUAUCUUAAAUAUCAAAUAUGUGUAUUCAAAUAGAGUAGAGUGGGUAUGGCCUUUAUGGUGAAAAGCUGAGAUAGCUCAUCUCUAAUCAUUACUCUCUCCAAAAGAGAAUUUAUUUUUGCUUUUCUCUCAAAAAUGUAAUUAAGGUUUUCGGUUUUUAAAUGCUUUUUCAUAUAGUUUUUGAAGAAUCAUGUUAAUAAAUAUUGAAGUGUUUCCCUUUAAUUUUUUUAAAAUAUCUUGUAAGAUGUUAUCCUAUGGAAGGGAGAAUGCACUGAUGUCCAAAUGACAUCAAAUAAUCCAGGAUGUCAGAUGUACAGGGAACAUAUAUGUGGGAUUAUA